AUGUCCGCAGUCAAUCCCGCCCCCGAGCAAGUGGCCAAGCUCUCCCAGCUGCCCAACAUCACUCUUGAUACCAUCUUCUCCCUCCUUCGUGAUCGCUUCUACUCUGGAUUGCCCUACACUGCUCUUUCAGAUUCCAUCCUCAUCUCCGUCAACCCGUACGCCUCUUCUGGAAACCGCAACAGCGAUGACACCCUUCGCGAAUACACCAGAGAGUACCGUGAAACCAACAAACAGCUUCGCGGUGCCCCUCUCCCACCACACAUCUUUGCACACGCUUGCAAUGCUUAUUUCUACAUGCGACGUACUGGCCAGGACCAGAGCUUGCUUAUGGCCGGCGACACCUCCAGCGGUAAGAGCCAAGUCCGCCGUCUCGCUAUCCGGGCCCUCAUCGACCUCAGUGUAGCAGCUCCGGGCAAAAAGGGCUCCAAGCUUGGUCUUCAGAUCCCCUCAGCAGAGUACAUUCUCGAAGCUCUUGGAAACUCGCGCACCCUUGAGAACAGCAAUGCAUCCCGCUUUGGCAAGUACACUGAGCUCCAGUUCUCCGACUCGGGCAAGCUCCUCGGUGCCAAGACCCUCGACUACUACCUCGAAAAGAACCGCGUCGUCAGUGCCGCCUCCAGCGAGCGCAACUUCCACAUCUUCCACUACAUGGUUGCUGGCGCUUCACAGGAGGAGAAGGCAUAUCUCGGCAUUCACGAUGCUGCCUCCUUCCGCUACCUCGGCCAAGCCUCACGCAACAGGGACAGCGAGGACCCAGCCAGCUUCUACAGGCUCAAGCUGGCUUUCAAAAACGUCGGCUUCUCCAAGCGUCAUGUUGCUUCCAUCUGCCAAGUCCUUGCUGCCAUUCUCCAUCUUGGUAACAUCGAGUUCCACUACGACCGACAACGCACUCAGGACUCGGCCACAGUACGCAACCCUGAAGUGCUCGACAAGGUCGCUGAAUACCUUGGCAUUUCAUCAAAGUCACUCGAGGAGGCCCUCACCUACAAGACCAAGCUCAUCCGCAACGAGGUCUGCACCAUCCUCCUCGAUGCCGAUGGCGCUUCCGACCACCGCGACGAUCUCGCCAAGUCCCUCUACUCGCUUCUCUUUGCUUGGGUCAACGAGUCUCUCAAUGAGAAGCUUUGUCGCGAUGACUUUGACACCUUCAUUGGCCUUCUCGACUUGCCUGGCUUCCAGAACCUCUCUCGCGGCAACUCGCUCGAUCAAUUCUGCGUCAACUUUGCAUGCGAAAACUUGCAUCGCUUCAUGCUCCGAAGUGUAUUCGAGAAGCGACGUGACGAGUUCACCGACGAAGGCAUCAGCCACCUUUCCCCCGAGAUUCCAUACUUUGACAAUGCAGAGACCCUUCGUCUCAUGACCAAUCAGCCCGGUGGUCUCAUCCACAUCAUGGACGACCAGGCACGAAGGAUGCCCAAGAAGAGUGACCAGACCAUGAUCGAGGCUUUCGGCAAGCGAUGGGGCAACCAUUCUUCCUUCAAGCUUGGUCCUGCCGACCGCAGCGGCUUCUCCAGCUUCACCAUCAGCCACUACAACAGUGCUGUCACCUAUACCAGCGAGAACCUGCUCGAGAAGAACAGCGAGGUUGUCAGCCCCGACUUUGUCUCGCUCCUUCGUGGCAAUCAGCCAGAGUCCUCCGCCAAGCUCGGUGCCGACCCCAAUGCUACUUCGGGCUCCACCAUUCCUUUCAUCCGCGGCAUCUUCAACACCAAGGUCCUCAAGACUCAGUCACAUCCUAAGAACGAGCAGACCAUCGUCGCAGCUCAGCAGUCCGUCAAGCCCAUGCGUGCUCCUUCCACACGCCGACCUAACCGCUCCGCAACGCUCAAGCGAAGCAACACCAUCAAGAAGGGCAACAAUGACGACGACGACGACUCGGAAGACGAUCUUGCUGACAACUCCAUUACCAAAAAGAAUGCCGUUCGAUGUGUUGCUGGUGAAUUCCGUGGUGCUCUCGACUUGCUCUUGGAGACUCUCGAGGAGACCAAGACAUGGUUCACCCUCUGCAUUCGUCCCAACGACAACCAGCUGCCCAACCAGUUCGAAGCUCGCGUCGUCAAGCAGCAGAUCAACACCCUCGGCCUUUCCGAGAUGUCCCGCAAGCUCCUCAACGAGUACAGCGUCAGCAUGACCUACGACGAGUUCUGCCAACGCUACGCCCACAUUCCCUCCCUUGAGGCUAUCCAGAUGCGCGGCGCUGUUUCUGGCGAGGCCAAGCAGAAGUUCUCGGCGGCACGAGAAGUCAUGGCAUGGUCUGAAGAAGAGGCUGCCUCCGGUCGUGUCAAGGUCUUCCUCUCUCAUAGUGCAUUCCGCGAGCUUGAAGAUGAGCUCCGUGCUGCUGACCCUGAAGAAGUUAAGAACAACGAGAGGCGAGCCAUGCUUGAUGCCGAUGCGGCUGCACGUGGCGAGUCAGAUCCCUUCUCGCCCUUCGCUGUGUUGACUGACGACUUUGCUCGUAGCCGCAGCAACGACUUUGUCGGUGCCUACGGUGAUCCCUUCAAGGAAUCCUCCUCCGUGGUGCUUCCUCUGGUUGGAGGUGGAGCCGCAGCCGACCAAGAGCUCGAGGAGGUCAAGAGCCAAUACUCGGGUGUGUCGGGUACUCUGCCUCGUCGCAGCUACGGUGGUGGUCUCAGCGGUGCUGGUUCCGUCAUCGGUUCCGAGGCAUACGCCCCUUCACGCAACAUGUUUGCUGACAUGGGCAAGAAUGGGCUCAACGAGAAAGCUGGUACAGCUGCUUUCACCGAAGAGCCGCUUGGCGAGGUAGCCGAACAGGUCGGCGUCUCUGCCACUCGUCGCAAGUGGGUCGCCUUCACCUGGGCCAUCACCUUCUUCGUCCCUUCGUUCAUCCUUCGCCGUUUCCAGUCGCUCAAGAGACCAGACAUUCGCAUGGCAUGGCGUGAAAAGCUCGCCAUCAACUUGGUCAUCUGGUUCAUCUGCGCUUGCGCCGUCUUCGUCAUUGUCAUUCUCGGCAACCUUAUCUGCCCCAAGCAGCACGUCUACAGUCCGAACGAGUUUGCCACCCACAAGGGUGACUCUUCCUUCACUUCGAUCCGUGGCGAGGUCUUCGAUCUCAGUAAGCUCGUAGCCAGUCACCGAGGUAUUGUCCCCGUCGUGCCUUCCAACGCGAUCCUCGCCUACGCUGGUGAAGAUGCCACCCCGAUCUUCCCAGUUCAGGUCAACGCGCUCUGCAAUGGUGUUGACGGCGAGGUCAGCCCAUGGGUUCAGCUGUCCAACGAGAACUCGACCGACAAGAAUGCUCAGUACCACGACUUCCGAUCCUUCCACAUUGACGAUGCCCGACCUGACUGGUACUACGAGACCAUGUGGCUUCUCCGUUCCAAUUAUCGUGUCGGUUUCAUGGGCUAUACUUCCGAUGGCAUUCGUGACAUCUUGUCUGAAGGACGAACCGUUGCAAUCUACCGAGGCGAUCUCUACGAGAUCACCGACUACAUCAAGCAAGGCAAUCAGGGUGUGCUCAAGGCGCCUGACGGCUUCCAGGCUCCGAUCAACACGAACCGCAAGUUCAUGAGCGAUGCCAUCAUCAGCCUUAUCGCACAAAACCCAGGCAAGGACAUCACCAAGCAGCUUGACAGCUUGCCUCUGGAUCAGGAUGUUCUCGACCGCCAGCGAGUCUGUCUGCGAAACCUGUACUUCAUCGGUAAGAUCGACCACCGUAACUCGCCCCAGUGUCGAUUCUCGCAGUACAUUCUCUUGGCUCUGUCGCUCUUCAUGGUCGCCAUUCUUGGUUUCAAGUUCCUUGCAGCUCUUCAGUUCGGCCGUGCACGCAAGCCCGAGGACCACGACAAGUUUGUCAUUUGCCAAGUGCCUUGUUACACCGAAGGCGAAGAGUCGAUGCGCAAGACGAUCAACUCGCUCGCUGCUCUCAAGUAUGACGACAAGCGCAAGUUGCUCUUCGUCAUCUGUGACGGUAUGAUUGUCGGUUCCGGAAACGACCGUCCCACCCCGCGUAUCGUGCUCGACAUUCUCGGUGCCGACCCUAACUUGGAACCAGAGGCGCUCAGCUUCCUUUCGCUCGGUGAGGGCAGCAAGCAGCACAACAUGGCCAAGGUCUACAGCGGUCUGUACGAGCACCAUGGUCAUGUCGUCCCUUACAUUGUUGUCGUCAAGUGCGGUAAGCCUUCGGAGCGCUCGCGUCCUGGUAACCGUGGUAAGCGUGACUCGCAGUUGGUCCUCAUGCGUUUCCUCAACAAGGUUCACUUUGGUCUGCCCAUGAACCCAAUGGAACUCGAGAUCUACCACCAGAUCAAGAACGUCAUCGGUGUCAACCCAAGCUUCUACGAAUACAUCUUGCAAGUUGAUGCCGAUACCCAAGUCGAGGCUCUGUCGCUCAACCGCUUCAUCUCGGCAUUCAUUCGCGACAAGAAGGUCAUCGGUCUCUGCGGUGAGACGGCGCUUUCGAAUGCCAAGGCGAGCAUCAUCACCAUGCUUCAGGUGUACGAGUACUACAUUUCGCACUACCUCUCCAAGGCGUUCGAGAGUCUGUUUGGCUCGGUCACCUGUUUGCCCGGUUGUUUCUCCAUGUUCCGAAUCCGCACUCCCGACACCCAUCGACCCUUGUUCAUCGCUUCUGCUAUUGUCGAAGACUAUGCAGAGAACCGCGUCGACACUUUGCACACCAAGAACUUGCUCCACCUCGGUGAAGAUCGAUACCUGACAACACUUGUGCUCAAGCACUUUGGCAAGUACAAGACCAUCUUUGUUCGCGAUUGCAAGGCUUGGACCAUGGCUCCUGACGAUUGGAAGGUGUUGCUUUCCCAGCGUCGACGAUGGAUCAAUUCGACAGUGCACAACUUGGUCGAGCUGAUCUUUACCCCUGGUCUUUGUGGCUUCUGCUUGUUCUCGAUGCGCUUUGUUGUCUUUAUCGAUUUGCUGUCGACGAUUAUUGCUCCCGUUACGGUUGCUUACAUUGUCUAUCUGAUCGUGUUGGUGGCUACGCAGAAUGGUACUGUGCCUUUGACGGCCAUUAUCAUGCUUGCUGCCAUCUACGGUUGUCAGGCGCUCAUCUUUUUGCUGAACCGUAAGUUCGAGAUGAUUGGAUGGUUGGUUGUUUACAUGAUCGGUAUUCCCAUCUGGUCGCUUUUCUUGCCGCUCUACUCUUUCUGGCACAUGGACGACUUCUCCUGGGGUAACACGCGUGUCGUUAUGGGUGAGAAGGGUCAGAAAGUCGUUGUCCAUGAGGAGGGUACCUUCGACCCAAGCGAGAUUCCUCUGCAGACAUGGACAGACUACGAGAACGAGCUUUGGGAACGCAACUCGGCACGAUCAAUCGGUUCCAUCAUCGAGGCUGCUCGUGCGGAGAACAAGUCGCUUGGAUCGCGAGCUGGAUCACAGUAUGCACCAAGUCUUUACGGCCAGCCUAUGUUGCCCAAUAAUGGCAGCUUCGGUCAUCAUAGCCCUUCACCUUCAUACGGUGGGACACCUUCGCAGUUCGGUGGCCCUACUCGUCCUGGUUCGCAGAUCGGUGCCUACUUGCCUCAAUCCGAUCCUGCUCGUCAAUCCACUUACAGUUUGGCUGGCUAUGGUGCACAGGCCAUGUCGAUGUAUGGUAUGCCAACAGGAGCAAGCGGAUUCAUGCCUCAACCUUUUAACACUACUGCAAGCAUGUAUGGCUACCCCCAACAGCAGUCACAGCAGAUAGCUGCUGCCCAAUCGAUCUACGGCGGUUCUCAACUGGGCUUUGGCGGUUUUACUGAUGGCCAACAUCAGCAUCAACAACUUGAGCAACAACAACAACAGCAACAACAACAGCAAAUGAGAUCGUCAGGUAGCGUUGGAACUUCAAGUCCUCCAAGAGAAGCUGGUAUGCUUCCAUCAGAUAGUCAGAUCAGGUUGGAUAUUCGAAGUCUUAUUGCUGAAUCCGAUUUGACGACAAUCACUAAAAAACAGUUGAGAGGAAAACUGGAAGCGAAGUACAACACUUCGAUCGAUACAAAGAAACAGUUUAUUAAUGCCCAGAUCGAGCGGGUUUUGGCUGAAAACUGA